GCAGUUUUAACCUCCCUGGCGGUAUUCCCGAGUGUAGCUCGAGGUAAAGUUUCAGCACCACAAGCUGUCCACGACCUACACUCGGGAAUACCUUGCAGCGUUGCUCCAGGAUCUCUUCUGCACUUACCUUGUCCUGCGCUCCCGCGAUGUCCCCCUGCAGUGUUCCUGGCAAUGUCGUCCGACCGAUGCCGGCAUCUGUCUUCCGUUCCCUGCGACAUCAGGAUGUACGGGGAUGGAACUGGCGGGAAAUGUUAAGUGACA